CCUCCCAGCGGCCCCCCUCCCUCUCUCAUCCCCACCUUGGACAGCAGUGGGCAUCCAGGUGGAUAUGAUGUUCGUCCCGUUCCACCAUACCCCUUCCCCACAGGUGGUUUCCCUCCCCCUAUGACAGGUGGCUACCCUCCUCCUAUGCCAGGUGUGGUGUCUCCAUGGCCUCCUAUGAUGGACCAGUCUAAACAGUGGGACUACUACCCUCCAGGACCGGGACCAGGACCAGGACCAGGACCCAGACGGGAGGACAAGAGGGAGAAGGAGAGAGAGAGACCCAGGGAGAGACCACAUGAGAGGGAGAGAGAGCGAGAGCACAGCCCCUCCACUAUGGGUUACAACAGUGACGAGGAGCGGUACCGUGGUUACCGGGAGUACCAGGCGGAGCGUGGCUACAGCGGCGGUGACCGUGGAGGAGGUGACCGCGGAGGGGGGGAGCGUGGAGGCGUAGACCGUGGAGGUGACCGUGGAGGGGGGGAGCGUGGCGGUGACCGUGGGAGUGGUGGUGAGCGUGGAGGUGGAGGCGGUGGUGAGCGUCACAGAGACAGGUCGAGCCGUGAGAAGGAGGAGAGACACAGAGAGAGAAGACACAGAGAGAAGGAGGAGGGGAGACACAAGUCAUCACGCAGGAGCAGUAGCAGCAGGAGGAGACAUGAUAGUGAAGAAGGAGACGGUCACAGGAGACACAAACACAAGAAGAGCAAGAGGAGCAAGGAGGGCAAGGAACCUAGUGAUGACAUGGGAGGAGACCAGGAGAACCAGGACACCAUGGAGUGAUGAAGAAUACACCCUCCUCUCCCUCUGUCUCUCUUCAUCUCUCUCUCUCUGUUUCCCUCUAUACGUCCCUCCAUCUUUCUCUCUCUCCUCUCUCCCUCUGUUUCCCUCUAUACAUCUCUCCAUCUCUCUCUCCUCUCUCCCUCAGAGCACUGUUGUAGUUGAUCAUGCUCAGAGAUCGUUGUUGUUUACCCGUUCCCUUCGUAGUCAUGACGAUCAUAAACAACCCUCAUCUUCUGUCAUUUAAUUUCGUCCCUCUAUUUUCUUAACCAAACACCUCGCUGAAAGAUGUCAAUUUGUUGAAUUAAAAAACAAGCUUUUGAUAA